AGUCAGCUGACUCGCAUCCCGUCCAGCGAGCAUCCGCCAUGUGUGCGAUACGCGCACACAGAUGCGCAAUUAAAGAUUAACACUCGAGCGUGUACAGUUGCGAGAUAGGAAGUGCGUGAAUGACGAGCGACGUGUCCGUCUUUCGCGGCUGGUGGGGUUCUCGAGAGAGAAGCGAGCGAGUGUCAAAGUUUCCGAUGUCGAGGAGGCUUUAUGGGCGACCAAUCCGCUUCGGCUGUCCGCGAACGGGGAUGCUGGUCCGAGCAAAUUAGAAGGCACGGGAUCGCGCACGAUCGAUCGGUCGGUUUAGUUUGACGUCGCGCCGCGAAUUGACACGCGCGUGGAGUGCCGUCUGCGCCGCAGAUCUCUCGUCUUCACGACACAACGGGCCAGCAAUUGGCGGUGCUUCUGGAGCAGGAUUCGCGAACAGCGGGGGUGCAUGCGCCUCACUUGGCCGUACAGCAAUAAGUUGCAGUAAAUCGAUCAACAUUCGCAAUAUUGCAACGGAAUAGUCACAAUGGUGGAAGGCGGGAAAAAUAGUAAACAACACGGAUUGAUCAAUGGGAUCAAUGGAAUUAAUGGGAUUAAUAGAAAGAACUCGGCAGUGCGGCUGCAGAUUGUGCCGGCGCAGCCAAAAACCAUCACGCAUCUGCCAAAGAGGCCACCGGUCGACUUGGCGUUCACCGACCUCACAUAUAAAGUACGGGAAAGCCGUAAAAAUAAUGUGAAGACGAUCCUGAAAUUCGUCAGCGGCAGAUUGCGGUCCGGCGAACUGACGGCUAUUAUGGGCCCUUCUGGUGCAGGGAAGUCGACGCUCCUAAAUAUUCUCACCGGAUACAAGACGACAGGUGCGGAGGGUAGCAUCACCAUAAACGGCCACGAAAGAAACCUCAGUGCCUUCAGAAAACUCUCCUGCUACAUCAUGCAAGAUAAUCAACUUCACGGGAAUUUAACGGUAGCGGAAGCUAUGAAAGUUGCAGCAAACCUUAAGCUUGGUUCACAAGUCAGCAAAAAAGAAAAAGAGGAAGUGAUCCAGGAAAUCCUUGAAACUCUCGGCUUGUCUGAGCACCACCGUACCUUGACCUCGAAUCUAAGUGGUGGUCAGAAAAAGAGACUUUCUAUCGCUCUCGAGUUGGUUAAUAACCCUCCAAUAAUGUUCUUCGAUGAACCAACUAGUGGUCUGGAUUCUUCAUCUUGCUUCCAGUGUGUCUCCUUGUUGAAGACUUUGGCGCGAGGUGGCAGAACGAUAAUUUGUACCAUUCAUCAACCCAGUGCAAGACUCUUCGAAAUGUUCGAUGCUCUCUACACGUUAGCUGAAGGUCAAUGUGUUUAUCAAGGCUCUACAUCACAAUUGGUGCCUUUCUUAAGAACAAUUAAUCUUAAUUGUCCGAGUUAUCACAACCCAGCGUCAUUUAUCAUUGAAGUCUCAUGCGGCGAGUAUGGCGAUAAUAUCAAGAACCUUGUAAACGCGAUAAACAACGGCAAAUACGAUAUACGCGAAGGAUGCUCGUUCCCCGACGUAAAGGAGGGAUUGAACAACUGCACCGCGUCGACGGGAAUUCUGAAGAACGGCGACAAUAUCGAAAAAGUGAAGCUCAAAGACAUAAAUGACAUCAGCAAUCUGGAAGAAAAGUUUCCGCAGCAGAGACAGAGCGAAAUUAGCAAUGGAAAACUUAUUUCUGACUACGCCACAAAUGACAUCUCUAAGCAAACGAUGGACAUGGCAAUAUCUAUAGACUCAGAUAAAAAGGAUAACGUCAACGUAGCUUUGCUCGAUGAUAGCAUUGUGGUGACGCCAGAGAGAUAUCCUACGUCCGAAUGGACGCAAUUCUACAUCGUUCUGAAGCGUGCCUUGCUCUUCAGUCGCAGAGAUUGGACUCUCAUGUAUCUUCGACUCUUCGCUCAUCUCCUGGUAGCAUUCCUGAUCAGCGCGCUGUACUACGACAUAGGAAACGACGGCGCCAAAGUACUUAGCAAUCUGGGAUUCCUCUUCUUCAAUAUGUUGUUUCUUAUGUACACUUCCAUGACAAUCACCAUUCUCUCCUUCCCGCUCGAACUGCCCGUACUUUUGAAGGAAAAUUUUAACAGAUGGUACUCUCUCAAGGCGUAUUACCUGGCAAUUACCGUCUCGGACAUACCGUUCCAGACUGUAUUUUGUGUAUUAUACGUCAGUAUCGUGUACUUCCUGACUAGCCAACCACCGAACACAUCGCGAUUUAUCAUGUUCGUGAGUAUCUGCCUGCUGAUCUCGUACGUCGCGCAAUCGGUGGGCCUUGUAGUCGGUGCCGCGAUGAACGUCCAGAACGGCGUGUUCCUGGCACCCGUGAUGUCAGUGCCGUUCCUGCUCUUCUCAGGAUUCUUCGUUAGCUUCGACGCGAUUCCGGUUUACCUACGAUGGAUCACGUAUCUCAGCUACAUCAGAUACGGCUUCGAGGGAACUGCUUUGAGCACUUAUAGCUUCGGCCGUGAGAAAUUGAAGUGUUUCCAGAUGUACUGCCAUUUCAAAUAUCCGGAAACAACGUUGGACGAAUUGGACAUGCUCAACGCUGACUUCACGCUCGACAUCCUUGCCCUCCUCUUGAUAUUCGUCGUGUUGCGAAUUACCGCGUAUCUCUUCCUUCGUUGGAAGAUCAAGAACGUCCGGUAGAUCGCCAGUGCGCGCGAGUGUCAGCGAGUGGCGUCGAAUAGUUUGGGAAUGUGUAAAAUGAAUACAGCGUUCUGCUUCUAACGUACAGAAUCGCGAAGAGCAGCAUAGAAUAAUGGGCGUAUUUGAGUAAUCCGGUAAUUUCGUACUCGUAAUAUUUUUCAAGUGAGACAAUAUACGAAAAUGUUAAAUUUUUAAGUCCGAUAUACGUCAUGCGACAACGAUCAAAACCCAUGCAGUGGAUUUUCGUGGCAUUUCCAUCAGCAAAAAGAUUCGCGAUACUAGUUAUUCUUUGUCUAAGAGACGUCUACUAGCACGUCUCGAAAAAAAAUACCAUAAAGUAUGACGUACUCUCCUUCGUACUUUAGGGCUCCUGAGUUUAAUCGAUAAGGAACAAUAUUAACGUAACUUAUUUAUAUCUUUAGUCAAGUAUAACGCGCGAUAACGGCUGGUAAUUAUGCUUUGUAGUGCAUCCAUGUCAAGCGAUCUUAAGCAUGGCUAAUACUUGAAUAGGUGAUUGCUUGGAACAACGUGUGCCGUAGCAACAUUGGGCACAUUAGUACUUCUAAUCGCCAAAGUCGAACAAUGAAAAUUACGAAACGUUGUCGUGCAUUAUACUUAAUUAUAUCCCUAGUUGUAUGUAAUAUUUUUGUUCAGGGUACUAUUUUCUAUUGUAUAUAUAUAUAUAUAUAUAUCUAUAUAUAAUUUAAGAUAACAUAAUAUCUUCCUCCUUUUUUAUUACAUCAAUAACAUUUUUGCUAAAAACGCAACCAAAUAUGCGCUGGAUGUACUAUUAAGUAAAUAGAAGCGUUCAUCGCGAUGUGACGCGAUGCGAUGCGAUACAACCGUUGCGGCUCGACGUGAGGCGAAAGAAAUAGCUCACGUGCAAUUCUGUAACGAGAUCGAAGAGCUUGAAUGCACCCCAUUCUGCGUCUACCUUUUGUGGACAAAUACGAGGCCUUAAUUGAUGACGUGUUUCACGAGUAACCAUUUUAUUCUAUUCCACCAAUGGCUGUGAGCUUAAUGAUGCAAAGAAAAAUGAUUAGAUGAAUCAAACACAAAUGCGCUUGUGUUCUUGAAAUUGCCUUCGGAUGCAGUAACACGCUUCCGAAGAUUUAGAUACACGAGUUUAUCUUGCCAGAUUAAUUAUAUACGUUCAAGACCAAAUGUUGUUAACGUUUUGGAAAAGAGCCGGUCCUGAUAGAUUUUAUGUCGAAACGAGCAUUCCUGCACUCCUGUAAGAGUUUAUGGCUCUGAUAAGAUACAAUAAACACAUUACUGCGUUAUCAUUAUCACUUAUAUGUCAAUUAAUAUUCAAACUCUGAUAUUACAAUAAAAUUUUUUAAUGAAAAACAAAUUUUAUCUAUAUUAAACUGGUCACUUUGAGACAGCUAUGUAUAUUUCAUGAAAUUUAUUAAACUGAUUCAUUAUAUUAUUUACGAGUUGUUACUUUUGUACACAAUAAGACUAUUUUUCUAAGUAAUUGUAUACACUCGACAUUUUUAUUCUCGAUAUUUUAAUGUUAAGUGGAAGCAUUGGAAAGAAAUUUUAAAGGGACACAAUUUAUAGUGCUUUAAAGUGAUAUUAUGUACUGUAACGUAUGAAUUUUUUGUAUGCCUCUAUAAUCCAUUAAAGUUAAAGAUUUUCAAUUUAUACGUUAAGUUAAAACUCGCACUAAUAAGAUUAGAGCGAUCAAAUGAAUAAAAAUAAUGUAUUAAGAUGCAAUAUGAAUCGACCUAAAUAAAGCAAACAAUAAAUAAUGAAGAAUAUAAUUUAUUGAUAGAUAAACUUUUAUAAAAUAAUAUACAUCUAGAUCAGUAGUUUGGCAUAAUGAUUACUAUAGUUUAUAAUACGUGUAUAAUAUGAAUAAAAUAAAACUUUUCAUAAUAUAA